CCCACUGGACCAUCCUUCACGUUGCAGCAUAAAGCUCCUGUGACGGCCGAGGUCCUGGUGUGUCGCUCAGAAGAACUCGCGUUCAUUAACGUGGCUGCUGCUGUUUCUCGGACCCUCGACGGAGAGGAAACUUGACUGCGACAGAACAGUAAGGUGCGGAGCCGCUGCCCUGCCACAAGAAGAAGACUGCACCUUUUAAUAACAACCCUCACCGUGUCCUUUUGGUUUAUUGGACCCUUUUGACAAUUACUCAGUUAUCCUAGUAGCUGACCAACGGCUUCAGACUCGUGAUGUCAGUCUCCCCAUAAGAUUUGAGGAGGCAGGUUAGAGAGGCACUACAGGAGUGAAAGACUGACAAAGGAGGAAAAACAGAAGAGUUUUUGGGUUGGGCAAAAAAAAGUAGACAUCGUGCUGAAGAGCUAUGGAGCUCUCACUGGCUCACCCAGCUAUCAAAGCCUUCAUGUGCGGCUCCCUCAGUGGGACCUGCUCCACACUGCUUUUCCAACCUCUCGACCUGGUCAAGACCCGUCUGCAGACUUUGCAGAGUGGCAAGCAGCCUGGUUCGGGCAGAGUGGGGAUGGUGGCUGUGCUCCAGAGCGUGGUGCGGACGGAGAGGCUUCUUGGACUGUGGAAAGGAAUUUCACCGUCCUUUGUCCGGACCAUCCCAGGAGUGGGGAUCUACUUCAGCACCUACUACUCUUUAAAGCAACACUUCUUCCAGGACCGCAGGCCGGGGGCCAUGGAGGCCGUGUUGCUGGGAGGCGGGGCCCGGACUGUGGCAGGGGUCUUCAUGCUGCCGGUCACUGUCAUCAAGACACGCUUUGAAUGCGGCAGGUACAGCUAUGGGAGUGUGAUCGGGGCUCUGCGCAGUGUGUGUCAGGCUGAAGGUCCUGCAGCUCUGUUCUCUGGCCUGAUGGCCACCCUCCUCAGAGAUGUUCCUUUCUCUGGUAUCUACGUCAUGUUCUACAGCCAGACCAAGGCCUCGUUGCCAAAAGAAAUCAGCACGUCUGCUUCCGCCCCCCUGGCUAACUUUAGCUGUGGGAUCCUGGCGGGUGUAUUGGCCUCCCUGAUCACGCAGCCUGCUGAUGUGGUUAAAACACACGUCCAAGUCAAUCCACAGCUGAGGACAGCGGAGGCUGUCAGAUACAUCUAUACGGAACAUGGACUCCAGGGGUUCUUAAGAGGGGCAGUUCCACGGGCACUGAGGAGGACCAUGAUGGCCGCCAUGGCAUGGACGGUGUACGAGCAGAUGAUGGCCCGUUUCGGAUUAAAGUCUUGAAGGGGGUUGAUGAAAAACUUGCAAGAGAUAAAAGUCAAGUCACAGUGUGAAGACGGUAACGAGCAUGAAAGGAAAGGCUACAGUAGAGAUUCACCUAAUCUUGUUUUGCUCAUAAGUGUCAAAGGCUUUCAGUGGCUUUACAUAUGUCACUGCAACAAGAGAUGAAGACUGGAGAGCAAAGAAAGCAUCCACAUGUUGUCUAAAUGACUAACACAUAUUACAAGAGUGGUGUGGAGAAUGUGCUUUCCUGGGUUAUGGCUGAAGUUCAG